AUGUACAGAUCGGUAGUGAAACUAGCUAUGUUGUAUGGCGCGGAAACCUGGCCUGUUUCAGUGAAAGUGGCUGAGAUGUGUGGGGUCACAAGAAGGGAUAGGAUUCGUAAUGAGUUGAUUAGAAGUACAGUUGGGGUGGGUCAAUUUGGUAGGAAGAUGCAGGAGGCCAGGAUGAGAUGGUUUGGUCAUGUGCAGAGACGUGAGGAGGAUAAUGUGGGACAGAGGGUGCAGGAUUUGGAUCUGGGUGGCAGGAGAGGGCGAGAAAGGCCAAGGAUGAGGUGGAGAGACAGUGUGGAGGCUGAUCUGCCGGAGAAGGGCUGGAGACAAGGGGAGGAGAUGGACAGGAUUCUGUGGAGGAUGCGGCUGAAGGAGGGAAAUGCCGACUCCAUAUGA